CCGACAACGAACGACGAUGGCAUUGGGAGAGGAGAGAAUAGCAGACAAAGGAUACAAAAUGGAUGAAUAUUAAUUAUUGGGAGAAAAUGGAGCAAAGCUAGGGACCAAUUUUAUGAAGGAGCAGCUCACCAAAUGCCUUCAGCUAGAAGAAUCUGCCAAAAAGAAUUGACGUCAAUUUUCUCUCUUCUCCUUGAACUAUGUGCUAUUUUUUGGGUUUGAAUAAAGAACCAUGGAUAAGAAAAUGUUGAGAUUUGAUGAAAAUUUAGUUCAAUUUUCAUCAAAUCUCACAAUAGAACCACUUAAACCCUAAGAGUUUCAUAGCAACUUUUUCUUGUCAGCUGAGAAACUGAUGUUUUCUUUCUGUAAAAAUUUGUUGUCUUUAAUUCUUAUUAAUUCCUUCUUGACAUACAGCUUCUAGAAGUGCUUGAAGGAAUGCCUAGGUUCUCUUCAAGAUAUGAGAAGCAGGUGAGAUUCUUGGCUUUCCCUUGAUAUAAAUGCAAGUUUCCAUCUAUAAACCAACUGAGAUUGAUCUGCUAUUUGUCUUGCUGCUGUUUAUGGUUGGUUUCUAUGCCUGUUUUGUUGGAUUGGUCUUAGUGAGAAUUUUAAAUGCUCAUCUGUUCAAUCUUAUGUGUUUUCAAGUGGAUCUCAUGUAUGAUUUUUACUGAUCUAAAAUGUACAAUUCUUAGUGGCUGUGCAUGUAAGGAAUUGGUUUAAUAUGAGUGAACUAAAGUAAAAGUCAAAGCAAGAUGAAGAGAAAAGUAAUUGAAUGAAAAUAAAAAAAAAGAAAAAGAAAAAGAGAAAGGAAUCCAAAAUUUGUGUCGUUCUUGGUUAUUUUCUUACUGAUCAAUGGUAAGAAAUUGAUUGAGAGCUUUAUAAGCACUGGAUAUUUAUUAGUUGCAAAAUGACUUAAAUGUGUUAAGGCUAAAAUUCAUCUUGAUCUUUAUUUUUGACAUUGUGGUUGCAUCCCUGUGGGCAAUUGUAGAACUUUGCUUUAAAGACAUAACAGUAUUUAGUUGUUUAAGGUCUUCUGACAUUCUUUUCUUUUCCUUUUCUGGUUGCAGAAGAGAAGUUCUCUAACUGUAUUAAGCCCUUUUUUUUUGUCAUUUAUGCCACGAAUUUUUGGAGCUUUUAGAUCCUUUUACUUGCUUUUAGGGAACACUAUUCUUAUUCAAUUGCUUUGUCAUUUUGUUUAGUUAAUGAUUAGAUGAUUUCUUUCUCUUCCUAGAUUGAUUGUGCUGGUUUUGAUUGAGAAUUUACGUUAUGGAUACACAUGAAUUUGCUUACUUAGUGAGGAUCAAUGCGCUUCCAAAAGCAGCCUAAAUGGGCUUAGCUGGCCCAAAAUAGACUGCCAUUUAAGUCGUUUCAUUGCCAAGCUUUACCAUUCAGUUCUAUGCUUCUGGUGUCUGCCAUUAGAAACUGCCUUAAACUACCUUUAAUAAAGAAUAAAUCUGGAAGUAGAAUACAUGUUUGAUUAAUGUGAAUCUGGAAUGUGGGUGCCAAUGCUAAGGAUGAGAAAUAUCUGGGUGUGAGAAGGUGAACAAAGUUUUCAAUUUUGAUUACCUGUAUUGGUUUCAAAUUUCAUUCAUUUAUUGUAGUUUUGAUGUCAUUGCAAAUCUAAUUUGAUAUGUAGGGUGAUACUAUCCAUGCUGUGAUUGAGAAAAAAUAUGCCCAAAAAUUCACAGGAAGAAUUUGAAAAAAUAUCAAUUUUAUACUAUUAAACACCCACUGGCAAAAACAGAUUGGCUAAACACAUUUUUAAAAGAUUUGCUAAGCAUGAUUCAAUUUUGCAUCUUUCCAUUCUUUAAUUGUCAAUUUCUUUAGUUUUUUCGAUAGAAAAUCUGUUUAGCAAUUUUGAAUCCUGCAGCUUUUUAAUCUUCUAAGUUAGUUUAAGAAAUUUCUGAGAGUUAAAGACAUUUCAUUUUUGGUUUUUGCAUGCUUGGUUGAUUUUGCUCUCUAUUCAUGGGGAUGGAAAUAAGAGAGGUUAAUGGGGAGGAAGCAAACCAAUAGUUGAGAAUUAGGUGGUGGGCAAAAGUGUUUACGAACAAGGUUCCAGGUGAAAAAAAGGCUGAUUUUGAGGCUAUUUCAAUUGCUUCAUCUCAAUCUGGGACUGCUGCAUUUGAUAAUUCCUUGCAGACUGCUUGGAGAGCAGAGAAUGAAACUCUAAAAUCUAUUUUGCUAGGGGCCUUGCAAAGCAAGCUUGGUAGAAUAGCUUUGGUAGAUGCACUUGCUGGCCAGAUUCAUAAUCAUAUGAAACUUAGGCCUCCAAAUCUUCUUUCAGGGUACCUUCAUAUCUCCAUUUGAUUAUCUUCAUUUGUUCCUUUAGGUUAUUUUGGAAGUCUACUACCUUUCCUUUCGGUAUUGCAGCUUAAAUUUUUCCUGUUUGUGACUCUGGGCUUUUUAGUUUUUUACUGAUACCUGUGUAUGGUGCUCAUUAACCAACUGAAGGACAUUACUUCAGGAAAGCAAAAGUAAAUAUCUGAGUGUAUAGAGAAAGUAAAUGGCAUUUCUGCCAACAUGCCUUCUGUGGCCAGACAUAGGAGCCAAGCCAUGUCAACUCUUCAAGCUCAGAGCAGUGGAAGGACACUGGUGGCUAACUAGCUGUUCAGUGAUUUCCUGUUAACUCUUUGCUUUUUGUAAGGUAACAUAUAUACAUACAAGAGCAUAGCAUGUUUUGUGGUGAUUUUAGUUUGUUUGGUGCUGUGGAAGGAACUAUGGAUUUUAUGAUUUUGUAUUACUUUUUAACCUACUCUGUUUUUUAUGUUUGCUUGGUAUGGAAACUGGUAGGCUCUAGAUCAAGAAUGUUCUAUUAGUGAUGGAAACUGGUAGGUUCAGGAAGAAGGGUUUGUGCUUGAAUUAGUUUUGGGCUUGCAUUGGGUAACCUUACCUCUUUAUAUCUGUUUGUUGGUAAAAUGUAAUUGUGAGUGCAAAGGUUGUUUGAGUGUAGAAUUCAUGAUGGUCAACACCAUAUUAAGUAUUUUUUUAUCGCUUAGAUUAGAUCCAUCAUUUCUCACUUCUUCCCUAUUUAUUUUCAGUUGGACAGAUCAAUGAUGAGCCGCAGCAGUGAAAGAAGGCUGGGGUUACUGGUUGUUGUUUUCUGCCUGCCUGGUGAUUAUUUUUGUUGUUGAUUCUGUUAGAUGGCAAACUAUUAAGUCUUAAGUGCAGUUAUUACUUACCAAGAUAACAUUUUGUUGUUUCUAUAACAUAUUGGUGUUUUUCUUUUUGCUGAUGAAACGAGGGGGAGAAAGGUAGUAUAUAGAUGAGGAAGUCAAAGAUAGGGAUAAAAAAAAGCUCAUGUACUGAGUGCUUUACUUAUUAUGGUAUUUUAUAAACAUUUUAUUUUAGGUAUUAGCUUAUAUUGUCUUUCCUUUUACCAUUUGGAAUUUGUUGUGGUGCAAAGAAGCUUGAGAAUCUGUACCACAAGGAAAAUUAAGAGCCUGUUUGCGUAGCUUCUUGGAGCUUUUACUUUUUUAGUACUGUUUAUGAGUCAUAAAUUUAAAUUUUUAUU